AUGUAUAAUUAAAAUAAUGAAAAGGUCAAUUCUCUGUUUGAUUUAGUUGAAAAUGAUUUCAUCGUCAAUUAUUUAUAGGAUCCACCGUAAGUGCUUGAUUUUAUUUUAUUAGCCAUGCAUUUCCAAGAACUAAUAGCAACUAAAAUUUUAUUGGAUUAUAAUAAAAUUUCUCAUUAUUGGAUAAUUAAUAUGAACCAAUGGAUAUGAAAUAAGACGAGCCAAUUGCAGAUGCAUAGAAACAAAAAUCGAAAAAACGAAAAACUCAAAAAAGCAAUGUAAUGAAUUUAAAACCUAUGUGAUUUAGGAAUCUGAACCAAUAAAAUAAAAGGAUCCAUUUUAGUACAAGAAUAACUUAAAGAACACAUACAUAAAUAAGAUUACGAGUUUGGUUUAGCAGGAUAGUCAGAAAUUGUUACAGCAACAAUCGGCAAAAUUUAGAACUUCAGAGGAUGAUAGAAUUGAUAAAAAUAACAGUGUUUCUUAUCAGGACAUUGAGGACAGCACUUAGGCCAAAUUGUUAAGGAACAGAGAAUGUGCCAGGAAUUCAAGGAAGAGGAAGAAGAUUUACAUUGAAUUGUUAGAAAAUCGAGUAAAAUAAUUAAAUGAUGAACUUGAGAAACAGAAAUUAUUGAAUAAGACAAGUGCAGGUUACUUGAAUAAGAUGAGUUAGAAUCAAUAAGUAUUUAUUUAUUAGAAUAUUCUCAUAGUUGCAAGGAUUCUUUUUGGGAAGGUAAUAAUUAUAUGAGAAAUUGGAGAAGUCCAUCCAAAACAAGGCAGAUGAUAAUGAAUUAAAUUUAUUGUUAGACUCAAUGAGAUUUAGAGUUGGUGGAGGUGGCAAAGAAAGAGUAAGUGCAUCCAAUUACUUCUUUAAUCAAAUAUUGGAGAUCUGCUUUCCUGUUCAUGUUCGAUACAUGUUAUGGGCUGCUAGUGAAAGCAAGGACUUAUUUGCUGAUCAAUAAGAUUAAUAAUAAUAGUAGGAAGGGUAGCCUUAAUGGUUGUUGGAUCUGACCAGGGAUCUCUAGAUAAAUGAAAUCCAGAAAAAAUAGAUGAAGAAAUCUUAAAGAAGGAUCAUAAGUGAUAAGAAUAAAUUAUUAGAGUAAUUCAUAUCCAAUAACUUCUAGAAUUUUGACUUAAUUCCAAGAAAUCAAAGAAUAGCUAUAUAAUAAAACUUCCUAAGUGGAGAACUUUAUUGAUGAACUUAGAAAUAUUUUAACUCCUACUCAAGUUGGCAAGUUUUUAAUUGGUUUAGAGAAAGUAUGAUCAUAACUUAAAACAUAGAACAAAUUUAGGAGAGAAAUGACAAUAUCGAAGAUAUGGAAUAUAUUUGAUGAUCAGAGCGACGACGAAGAAGAGGAAGUUGAAGUUAAAGAGGAGGAUUCUGUAGAAGAACCAGCAAAGAAAAAAGUAUAAAUUUGA